UAGCCAUGGAACUACAGUAGAAAGCGGAAGCAGAAUCUCACUCAUAGAAGAGAAAAGAACCGUCCAUAAUCCCUAGUUACCUUCGACUCUGAGGUUGGAUCUUCUCUUUCUCUUGCGAUUGCGUGUUUAGCGAGCAAGAGAUGGAUUCCGACGACAGAGUUCCGGUGAGCCACCGACCGGAGUGGUCGGACGUAACUCCGCUUCCGCAGGAUGACGGUCAGAAUCCGAUUGUUGCGAUUGCCUACAGAGAAGACUUCCUUGAGGUCAUGAAUUACUUCCGAGCUGUUUAUCGAGCAGAUGAGCGUUCCCUUCGCUCUCUCCACCUCACUGCCGAAGCCAUUGCCAUGAAUUCUGGCAAUUACACUGUCUGGCAUUUCAGGCGUUUGAUACUUGAGGCCCUCAAUGUUGACUUACAUGAUGAACUAGAUUUCAUUGAUGACGUUGCAGAAUCUAACACCAAAAACUAUCAGAUAUGGCAUCAUAGGCGAUGGGUUGCUCAGAAACUUGGAACUGAUGCUUCAAGCAAAGAGCUUAAAUUCACCAAAAAUAUCCUCUCCCUGGAUGCCAAAAAUUAUCAUGCCUGGUCCCAUAGACAGUGGGUUCUUCAGGCACUGGGUGGAUGGGAAGAUGAACUUGACUAUUGUCAAGAGCUCCUUGAGGAAGAUGUUUUUAAUAAUUCUGCAUGGAAUCAGAGAUACUUUGUAAUAACCAGAUCUCCCUUGCUGGGUGGCCUAAAAGCCAUGAGAGAGUCUGAAGUGAAUUAUACCGUCGAAGCGAUUCUCGCUCAUCCCAAAAAUGAGAGUUCUUGGAGAUAUCUUCGUGGACUUUAUUCAGGCGACACAGACUCAUGGAUUACCGCUCCUCAGGUUUCUUCGGUAUGCUUAAAAGUUCUGAAGGGUAAAAGUAACUAUGUAUUUGCUUUAAGCACUCUGUUGGAUCUUCUCUGCCAUGGUUUCCAAUCAACCCAAGAGUUUAGAGAUGCUGUUGAUGCUUUGAGGAUACCCGACCAUCCAUCAGAUUCCGACCUAGCCAAAACCGUUUGCUUGAUCUUGGAACGUGUUGACCCAAUCCGAGUUAACUAUUGGCUCUGGCAGAAGAGCAAGCUUCCUCAGUAACAGCAAGGCCAAUGCAUCAGCUUCUUUCAGCCAUCGCAGGGUACAUGUCCAUUGUUGAGAGUUGGAUUAAGACCCAAAGUUCUUGAUAACCUAAUCUUGAGGAUUAUAUUCUGCCAGUAAAGAUAACCCUCUGAUUCAACGUGAACAUAUUUUUACCAAAAGUUUGUUUUUUUGCUGAUUUGGUGAGCUACUCUAUGAUUCGCUAGCAUACAGAAAAAUAUGUAAUAUUAGACCAAUUUUUGUACAUUUAAUGUCAGUAUAAUUCCUAUUA